AUGGCAUUGAGCAACUUCAUUUGGCCACAGUUCCAUUCGGAGCAAAGCUGCCAGAUCAACGUAAACGACAAUUCAGCCUUCCUCUCAUCCUUCCGAAGCUGGGUGAGUUUCGUUCAUGAGUAUUACUGGCCACAGAUCUACAUCGGCGCGACCGCGGUUCCAUUGAAUGCUGCGUAUGUUCCGCGCGGAAGCUUAGUAGGAGCCAUGCCACAGUUCCAGCGUGGACCACGACCAGAAUGGCCGUUAAGGCUGGAAGACAGACUUGGUGGUUGGACGAUCAGAGAAGGCGCGGAGGCGAUCAGCGAUGUGGAUGAGUAUGGACUCAACUGGUUGGAUUGGCUCAAAGCAUCGUUUACUGGCUGCUCUCCACAGUUCGAGGGAGGCAAAUGCCACAUGUAUUGUAUUUGA